GUGGCGGCAAGUUAAGAAACGCGACACGUGUAUCAAAAAGCAGCCGCUACGGUGGAGUUGUUCUCCAGUCCAACUAAACUCGAGAAAAAUCCACAAAAACCUCAUCGGCCAAAAACACUCAUGGAGAUGGAGUGCGUUGCUUAAUCUUUUCCCACCAACUAAACCCCCAACGAUACGAUCAUAGCUAGUUCAAUAUUCGUUGAAAUUAGGUCCCCUUCUCUACCUUCUCCAUCCUCCCCUUAUAAUUUCCUUCUCCCUCCGUUAUUCCCCACCCGAACAAAUGCCUUUCUCUUGCUUCGCUUCUCUGUUCCACAAACUCUCCUCCCGGUGGCCGCUGCUGCUUUACGCCGCAACGUGGACGGUACUCUUGACUGUGACGGUUGCGGUGGCGUCGUUCUCUCCAGAGGCUGCUUUUGUUUCGGCGAUUACGCCGACUUCUUCUUUCUCUCGGCGGUGUCGAACGGAGGGGUUUAUUAGGGUUCCCUUGGAUUUGCCUGGAGAAAUCCUAUGCUUUCCGGCUCACAUGUUCACGAGGUCAAAGGUGGACUUGAUCGUGCCUCCUGUUUUUGCGGCGGUAGUUGUGGCUGGGUCGGCUUGGGUGGUCCGGGCCCUCGCCUUGUGGCAGUAGAGAUGAUGCCCGUUGGGUCAGCCCAAUUAAAGGAAACAAUCAAAAGCAUCGGAAACUCUGAGAAAGUAGCUAGCCGGAGAAGGUUUCCUUCG